GUGAGUGAACAUUCAGCAGAACAAACAUGGUCUUGAAAAUCUGUUACAUUUUAAAAGGUUCCAGUGAUUUUCUACUGGAGGGAGACGUGUUGAUUCCGAGAACCCGCAACGCCAUGAAGUGCUUCGGAGAACCGUACACCUGUCUGUGGCCAAAGUCCCGUAAUGGAAAGGUGGAAGUCGCUUUUAUUUUGAGUGACAAAUACGACCCCAGUGAGAGGACCCGGAUUGUUACAGCCAUGAAGGACCUUGAGUCCCAGACCUGCCUUCGUUUUGUUCCCCGAGUGGCUCAGAGGGGAUAUUUAAGCAUCGAGCCAAGAUAUGGCUGUGCUUCUCUGCUGGGUUACACCGGAGACAAACAGGUGGUUUCACUGCAGAGGUUUGGCUGCAUCAACCAUGGCAUCAUCCAGCACGAGCUGCUGCACGCUCUGGGUUUCUACCACGAACACACACGCAGCGACCGUGACGAGUACAUCCAAAUCAACUGGGAGAACAUCAACAAAUAUUUCGUUUUCAACUUCCGUAAGAUGGACACCGAUAAUCUCAACACUAAGUACGACUACACCUCAGUGAUGCACUACGGAAGAACCGCCUUUGGAACACUGCGCAGAGAAACAAUCACUCCCAUCAAGGACCCGUCUGCUCCCAUUGGUCAGAGAGAGAGAGUGUCUGCCACUGACAUCCUCAGAAUCAACAAGCUGUACAGGUGCUGGAGUUACAUUGGAUAGAUUAACUCAAGAUGGUGUGAAUAUCAGACAUUAACAUGGCAGCAAUAUGAAUAAAAGAUGAAAUUAAAAAUAAAAAACUUUGUGUCUGUGUGUGUGUGUGUUUAAAAAAACACAUUUAGUAAAAAAACACAUUUAGUAGUCAGCUGAAUAAUUUAAAAGGCUCCAGUUCAAACUGUAGGCAGUGUUUCAUUGGCAGGAAAAAACCAAGACAAGACACACUCCAGGUUCAUUGUGAAAUAAGUGAGUGCUACAAGGUAAAAUAUGUCACAGUCGUCCACAUCAAUUCUGACUGACUCCCUUUGUCUCCUUCGAGCACCAAAGUCAAACAAAAUAAAGGGAAGUAAUUUGACAUUUUCAUUCAUUUUGGUUUUAAGUUAGACAUAAAAAAAUAUACUUCAGACGAAAUGAGUAUUUGUAGGAUAAAAAAUUAGAAAAUAAAAUCCAUUCUCUUGAGUGGAUAUUAGUCAGCUGUUAUGUUUACCAUAUAUUUUCCUCUCGUACCACGUAACAGUGUAAAGGAAAUCUGUAUUUUUUUUCCACUUCCACAUCCCACACUCGUAGAUGGCUGUGAAUUUUCUCAUCCUUUUGAAAUCCCACACAUUGUUAUCCCUCUGAU